AUGCCUCCCAAAUUGCGCGGCUCCUUACAAAGGAGCUUACGGCGUGUCCAGAACAGCGCAUCGGAUCUCCCCUGCCCGUCCUGCGCAACCUUUCGACGAGGAGCGCUUUCUACGCGUCGGUCCGCCAACAUCUCCGACGGAAAUCGUCAGUCUUCGUCCUGGGCAGCGUCGCCUCGUCCGUCCACCACUUCCUCGGUGAUCCCUUCCAGCAGACAGGUGCCGCCUCGAUUGAGAGAGCUGUACGAGGCUCUGAGCCAGGUGCAAAAUGUUGCGACGGAGCAGGUCAACCUGAGUCGAUUGCAACUUGCGUUGCGGGGGUUAGAGUCGGAGGUACCUCUUAUUCGAGUAGCUGUGCUGGGCUUGGAUGAUGCCAACUCUGCGCGCCGACUCGUUCGCCUAUUACUGGCUGAUCCGUUGACUCCUCGCGAGAACUGGGAGGAUGCGCUUGAUGCCUACGAAGCAGAUACGUCACGAGGACUACUUAUUCGAUAUGGCGAAGUAUCCGAGUCGAUCCCGAAUAACCUUUUCCCCACCAUCUCGGUCCCCUCCUCGAUUCUCAAGAAAGGCAACCUGGAAAUCCUGGUCUCAAGCCUCGGCGCGAACACGGAAAUGCCCGGGGCCCAGUUCACGGCGGAAACGUUUCUAGUGCCCACGGUGACCAUCCAGACCUCGCAUUCCGGUCGCCAUAACGUGGUGCGAUAUCCAGUACACCGAGCCAUCGUGUGUGGCCGCGGCGUGGACGGUCUACUUGCAUACAGUAACCUGGUCGCUCGAUCGGACCUGAAAAAGGAGACCGAGUCGGUUUACGGCGCCAUCGAGCUGGCGGCUAGCGAUCCCGAAAAGCACAAUGACCGCAUCGCCUUUGUGGACAUCGACCAGGCAGACGAGGCGCUGGCGAAACUUCGCGAAUCCGUACAGAAUGCCUCGCUUUAUGAGCGGGGCUGGAACGGCAGCGGAGUCCAGCCGGUCGUGGACUGGCUGGCGUCGCUGCGCGCCGAUCAAGAUAUUCUCGACCCCUCGUUGAGGUCGCUGAUCACAUCGCUUGUCGGUGCCGCAGAGACGGGCGUGGAUGCAGAACAAGCGAAACGGGCCCGGGAGCAGCAAGAAGGGUCGGUUUCCGACUUGGUGCGAGGGACAAUGAAUCGGUCGGUGACCGAGUGGGCGGAGAAAGCACACUCCGAGCUACGGAGUUCGCUGGAAGAGGGUUUUGCCAGCAAGCAGUGGAAAGACCUUGCGUGGUGGAAGCUCUUCUGGCAUGUUGACGACGUCGGCAUGAUCACGGCCGAGAUCCUGGAGAAGAAGUACCUGCGUCGUGCAGAAAAGGAGGUCAUCUGGACCGCGGGCAAAUUCCAGCAGGCCGGCCUGCUGGACGAAUCCCUGCUAGAAACCAAGCAGAUCGCUGCACCCCAACCAGACACAGAAAAGCCAAAGGAUGAAGCCACUGCCGGUGUGGUCGACUCGCAGACUCCUCCCACGAAUGAUGUGCCGUGGCCAACGCAGAUCUCCACCAGCCGGAACCAGCUGCUGGAGAUUAAAGUGCCCUCUCUGCAGGCGAUGGCCCAGGGACUUGUGGCUUUCAGCAUCACCACCACGUCGCUAAGCUCGGUCCUCUCCGCUCUCACAUACGUCUCCUUCCCGUCUACGUCGGUUUACGAAACCUGCACCCUGGCGGCAGUGGGAUUGAUCUACUCUCUCCGACGGCAGCAGCGCAAAUGGGACUCUGCGCGAGAAUUCUGGGAGAACGAAGUGCGCGAGGACGGUCGCACCGCGCUCCUGGAGACAGAGGAGCAGCUCCGCACGCUGGUGCACGAAGGCGGACGACGCGUCGACGAAGCGUCCGAGACCCAUGCCAGAGAAACCGUCGAGCGGGCGAGGAAAGCGCUCGAGGAUGUGAAAUAG